AUGAUUCUCAUCGAGACCGAUCCGUCUGCUUCCAGAUCGCUCCCUUUCGCGCUCUGUGACCGGUUCUUUCCAGCCAGAUCUUCCUCCGGACGUUCCGCCUUGUCUGCGGAAGCAGACAUCGCGGACGACAGCUUUGGCUCGGACGCCGCUCGCGCGGGCAUGGGGGCGGCGGACGGAGCGCAGGCGGCGGAACGCUUAGCGCAGUUACGCCCAGUUGUCAAGGGAACGGUCGUGAAUGAAGCGCUGGGUGCGGAGAUGGGACUGGUUAUAGGAGGUGUUGAUGGUGAUGGUGGUGGUGGUAGUGGUGGUGGUGGUGGCGGGAGUAAGGCCGGAAAUGCCACGGGUUUUGCGUCGCUAACGCGUGGAGCUGACGACGGCGGAAGGAACGGAACGGCUGCUGCUGCUGCCGCAGCUGAAGCAGCCACGGCAGUAACUGCCGCGAGGGUCGCAAACGCCGGGAUGACGGGAGUUAGCGGCUUUGCCGGCGGAAAUGCCACGUGUCGAAGCGAUGGACCCGGUUCCGCUGCAAGGCCAGAACGUAUUGGCGAAAGAGGGAGCAGCGGGGGAGGGGUGAGCAGCAGCGGACGAGCGAACUGCGAGGGACGGGGAAAUAGCGGGGGAAACGGGGAGAGGAACAUGGGGGAGGCUUCGGAAGGUGAAGCUCCGGGCUGGGAGAGGGGAGAUGGCGGACGAGCCAACGGGCUGGAGCGGGAGAGCGAGGCGAGGAAGAAGGUUGACGGGCGGGAGGGGAAGAAAGGGCGCAGGAUCAGCGGCGGCACACGCGGACAGCACGGAGAGAUGCGCGGAGGGAGAGGUGACCGAGAAUCUGUCGGGGGUGAGGCAGCUGGCGGAGAGAGGGAGGCGCAAGGGGGGAAAGUGGGGGGAGAGGCUGGAGCAAGCAGCAGAUUGGCGGACGAGGGCGGGGCGGAACUGGACGGGCGGACGGACGGGCGCGUGGAGCGGGGGGGAAUAGAUCCGCGGAUGGAUGAGCGGAAUGACGUGCGCCAAGCCGAAGCGCAUUGGGAAGGGGGAAGGGGAAGGAGAUCAAGGAACGCCGGAGGAGAGAUGAAGACUGAACAACUGGAAGCAGCAGCGAUUGGCGCAACGAUGGGGCUGAGAGGAGACGACAUGGGGAUGGGUGUGGGAGGAGGGUGUGGGGGAGUGAAGCGGAGGGGGAGCGAGGUGCAGGAAGCGGUGGGGUUGUGUGGCGUGGAGGAGAGUAUGCAAGACGCGGAGAUCUUAUUCGCGGCUGCCAUGCGCGCUGUCAAUGAAAUGCAGCAUGCCGCCUCCUCCGCUCCCGACCCUCCCUUCGCCCCGUUCUCCCCCCUCCCUGCCGGAGCGUCUCUCUCUACCAACCCUGCUGCUACUGCUACUGCCGCCGCCGCCGCCGCCUCUGCUGCCCCUGCUCCUUCUCCUCCUGCGGCUGCUGCUCCUGGCGGUGUUGCUGCAUCGAUGCAUGAACCAGCCACUGCUGCCAGAGCUGCCGCGUUCACAGCAGGUUCCCCAGCAUCCGCGCCUGCUGCCCUUGCCGGUCCGUAUGGGUCGUACCCAGCACUUGCAGCACCAUCGUCGGCUGGCCUUUCGUCUGACAGUCCGUCGCUAGCCAGCAGCAGCAGUCAGGGCACGGGUGGCACGGGUUCCGCCCCUGGGAGCUCCCAGACGCAGGCUCGCAGCGUGCAUCCGUAUAACAGCCUGUCGCCCGACGCGUCUGUAGGCGAUGCGCUGUUCUAUACUCCGCCAUCGCUCUCUUUGGAUGGUCUCGGUCGCCGCUCCGCUUCCGGAGGGGGUAGAAGAGGGGGUGGUGACGUGGGAGCGAGAGGAGCCACUGCCGCUAUGGCUGCGGUGGCGGCAGCGGCGGCGUUGGCAGCGGGAGUGGGCGGGGCAGGGGGGGGACUCCCGUCUAUUCUGCGGAAAAGGCGCCGUCGCAGCGAUUCGUUUCUCUUGGUCAGCCCCUCGAAAAUAGCGGCUGCGGCAGCAGCCGCUGCACGAGCAGGACGAGGAGCAGGAGUCGGAGGAAGGGGAGCAGAUUCACUCGCAGCAGCAGUUGCAGGGUCAGGAGCAGGACCAGGAGGGGAGGAAAUGCGGCGUGAGAGGCAAGAGAGUCAUGAGAGGCUGCAAGCAGGGGCAGCAGAGGGCACGUACAUGGACCCAAGGGAGUCUGACGGGGGCUGUGCACUGGAUGGGUCGAUUCAAGCCUCUCCGCUUCCUCUCUUCCCCUCACAGCCUUCUUCCACGCUUGCUGCUGCUCCUGCUGCUGGUGCCGCGGAUGCAGCUGCUGCUGCUCCUUCGCCGUCGCACUCCCUGUUGUCGAAUCCAGUGGUGUCGCACUGGCCCAGGUCGCGGUCGCUCAGUCUGUUCCCUGCCACGGCUGGUGGUGCUGGAGAUCGCAGCAGUCGUAGGCUGGGGAGAAACGCAACGGUGGCUGCAGGACCAGACUCAGCAGCAGCAGCAGCAGCAGCAGCCGCAGUAGCCGCAGCAGCAGCAGCAGUAUCAGGGGCAGCAGGGGCAGAAGCGCCAUUGCUGGCUGCCGGCCCUCCUCAGCUCAGCCUGGCUCUCACCAUCUCUGCUCACCCUGCUGCUGCUUCUGCUGUUGCUGCUGCUGCUGCGGAUGUGGAAACGCAGCAGAGUCAGGUGGAGCGAGAAGGGGGGAAGAUCAGUGGAUUAAGAGCUAAAGGGCAGCAUGGGGAGGGGAAGGGCAGGCGUGCGAAGGGUGCGGACGGGGUGAAGAAGAAGAGUAAGAAGAGGGAAAACGGGGGAGGUGGGACUGCAGCUGCUGGUGACUCUGGUAAUGCUGCUGCUGGUGCGGCUGCUGCUGGUGCUGCUGCUGCUGCUGCGACUGGUGCUGGUGGUGUAGCAGAGUCAACCUUGAAGUUGCCGCCAACAACAGCACAGCCAGCUGGCUUACAGUUUGCAGCUGCUCAACAAGCAGCAGAGGCUGGGGCAGUGGGAGAAGUGGGAGCAGGGAUGGGAGCUGGAGGGGCAGCAAGCAACCAGAGCGUGCAUUUCUCUCCGCUGGGCCCUGCCUUUGCAGCACUCAGUGUGGCCGCCUCACCUGCCAGGCCGUCCUCACUGCUGAAGCCCCAGCCGCUGCCCCACCAUGAGACGCACAUGGCGCACGCUCUCUCUGUGCCUCCAGAAGCCUUCUCCUCCCCGCCCUUCCGCCUGCGACGCCGCCUCAUCGAUCCUUCCUCCUCCUCACGACCCUACUCGCCGGCACCCUGCAUCCCUUCCCAUCCGCACCUCUCUCACCCCUCCUGCGUCCCUCCUCUCUCACCGGCCCCUGCGUCUGCGUCUGCCUCUGCCUUGGCGACUGCUCCUGCCUUUCCUGCUCCAGCAGCAGCAGCAGCUGGAACCAUUUCUUCCGCACCGCUUGCCCUUGCCUGUGCCUCUACUUCUUCUGCUCCUGCUGCAGAUGAUGACGAUUCUGCUGCUGCCUCUGAUUCCAUUCCUGCCGAUCCCACACCUGCUGCUGUUCAGUCUACUGCACCAUUCCUCCCUCCGUCCAUCCCUCCACCCGCCCCUCCGUCCCUGCCUUUCCCCACUGCACCUCCACCCCCUCAGUCUCCCCUUCCGCUCACCUCUCAUCCCCUCCGUCAAUCUCAUCUCCCCCCAUCCACUUACGAUACCAUGGUCACAAGUCCUGUCCGCCCCUCACACCCACCACAUCCCCUCUCCAUUCUCUCUGCUCACAUGCCACCUUGGGACGCGGUAAGACCAGGAAGUGGGGGUGGAGGCGGAGGAGUGGGGGGAGGUAGCGGUGGGGGGGGUGGAGGGUUGCGUUUCCUGAGGGAAGUUCUUCCGGGUGGCGAGGAGCGUCUUUCAGUGGGGGAGGUUGGUCCUGGGCUUGCGAGCCUGAGGGAUUCUCUGGCUGCGGCGCAACAGAGGUGGUCCCUAGGGGGUGCUGAUGCCAGUACCAAUGGCAUGGGCAUGGGUGUGGGCUCGUCUGUUGGUGUGUGGCAGGGCUCAUGGCACGGCAUGGGGGAUUACGAGCGCAAUGGGUAUGGGAACGGCAUGGGCUCUACUGCGUAUGGUGAGACUGUGAGUGCGAUGGCUGGUAUCACAGGAGGUGCAGACCCACCGGCAGAGGAGGAGCAGGUGGCAGAGGCGGUGGCCGAAAAGGCAGCAUGCUAG